AUGGGAGGAAUAUUGAAAAACCCUUUGCCCGACCAAAAUGGCAAUUUAGAGGAUUCCGAAUCCAUCUCAGAUUUCAGAAAGCAAGUUUACAAGAAUACACAGCUGAAUGCCCAGCUGAGCUCUACAAGCAAUAGUGAUAGAGCAGACUUGCGAUCAUCGCCCAAAAAGCACUCGAUACCCAAAGAUGUGCUGAGUAUGAAGCAUGACCGGGACACACACGAGCACCAGCACGAAGAUGAAGAAAGACUGAAAUGGAACCAGCAAAACCUAGACGCUAACGACGUGGCCAAACUACAGUACCAAGACAUAAGUAUCGACGAGCCAAAGACGCCGUACCAAGGUGCCGUUGAUCCCUCUGGAGAGUACUACAGAGACGACGAUGAAGACGAGCUCGAAAGUCUGUCCCUUGGCGAGCCCAUUGUGGCGCCACAAGAGGACAAGGUAGACGAAGAAUCCGACGAGGACGAAUCUCAAGAGCUCAGCGACGACCACGGGCUCGAUCCGAACUCCAAAGAAGCGCGUCAUAAACGUUUUGAAGCCUUGAGGAAACAACACUACAACGUGAAAGACGCUCUUGAAACCCGGAAAACCGGUAAUAUGGAUUUUGACGAGGACGAAGAUGCAGAAAAUGAUGAAUGA